AUGCCUGCCUUGGAUGAGGCCAUUUAUCCACAGCCGGGAGAUCCAACAAUCCCAAGUCAUGCAAACGCUGACCUCACACCUGACCCAAACCCAACACAAGCCAUCACUCCACCAGCAUCACCUCUCCAGCCGCGUUAUAACACUCCCAUGCCGAGCCGCAAAGACGUUGAGCGAACCUUCCAAGAAUGUGCUCAACUGAUUCAUGCUUCACUACGUCCUCUACCUACCCAAUCUGGUGACGGGCAAUACGUUGGGACUGAGGAGCAGGACUCUGGAAUUCUGGCUGAUCUCAAAACUCUAGGUCCGAAUGACUUGAAGUCAGCCGUUCAGAUUCUGGAAGCCAAGGCAAGCGGCAAGCCUGAGAAUGACCGCAAGAUGUUCAUGGAGCAGGUCAUCCAAACAGUAUCAGGUCUCCCAGAUCAUUCGGCCCAUCGUGUGAACCUGACAAGGCUCCUGCAGGACAAAAUAUGGAGUUCAUUGUCCCAUCCCCCUCUGACAUACCUAGGAGAUGAAUAUCGCUAUCGUUCGGCCGACGGGUCCAACAACUCGUACCUCUACCCAAAGCUUGGUGCUGCUAAUACUCCAUAUGCUCGCUCCAUCGACCUGGUGACAAUCCAACCAGCCGCUCUCCCAGAUCCGGGACUGCUUUUUGACUCCUUGCUAGCGAGAGAGGAGUUCAAGCCACACCCAAACAAUAUCUCCAGUAUUUUCUUCAAUUGGGCCUCCCUCAUCAUCCAUGAUUGUUUCCAAACCGACCAUAUUGACAAUAGCAUCAGCACAACCUCCAGUUACCUGGACCUUUCAAUUCUAUACGGUGAUACUCAGGAAGAUCAGAAUGAGAUGAGAACUUUCAAGGAUGGGAGAAUCAAAGCCGACUGCUUCGCGGAAGGACGACUUAUAGCCUUUCCGCCGGCUUGCGGCGUCAUGCUCAUCUUGCUCAAUCGCUUUCAUAACUACGUCGUCCAGCAGCUCGCUGCAAUCAAUGAAAAAGGUAGAUUCACCAAGCCAUCAGAUCGAGGGUCUCCACAGUCAAUCAAAGCUGCAUGGGCAAAGUAUGACAAUGACCUCUUCCAAACUGGCCGACUCGUAACGUGCGGACUAUACAUCAACAUUGCGCUAUACGACUACCUUCCGACCAUCCUGAAUAUGCACCGCACUAAUAGCUCAUGGCAAUUAGAUCCAAGGGCCGAUAUGACUUCCCGUUAUGGCAAAGAUGUCACCCCAAGAGGAAUUGGCAAUCAGGUUAGUGCGGAAUUCAACCUGGCUUACCGCUUUCAUUCCUGUGUUGGAGAGGCGGAUGAAAAAUGGACUGAAGCUAUCCUGCGAGACAUACUUGGGAAGUCACCCCAUGGCGCCUCCUGUGAAGAGCUCUUGAUGGGUUUGGGCAAGUUCGAACAUGCACUUUCGAAAGAUCCCCAGAAAGGACCAUUUGCAAAUCUCAAACGGGGUCCCGAUGGCAAAUUCAACGAUGAUGAUCUUGCCCGGAUCAUGACCAUGGGAAUUGACCAAGUGGCUGGAUCAUUUGGUGCGAGAAAUGUCCCAAAGUCAAUGCGAGCAAUCACCAUGCUUGGCAUCAUGCAGUCCAGAUCAUGGAAUCUGUGCACCUUGAAUGAGUACAGGCAUUUCUUUGGACUCAAAAAAUAUGAAACCUUCGAAGAGAUCAACAGUGACCCGCAAAUUGUAAGCCAACUGAGGCACCUCUAUGAACACCCAGAUCACAUCGAGAUAUAUCCCGGUAUCGCGAUCGAAGAUAUAAAGGACCCCAUGGUUCCAGGUGUUGGAAUUUGUCCGAAUUACACAAUCUCUCGUGUAAUCCUAUCGGACGCCAUUACUUUGAUUCGAGGAGACCGAUUCUAUACCUUGGAUUGGAACCCAGGUUCAAUGACAAAUUGGGGAUUCAAUGAGAUUGCCUACGAUAUGAGCAUCAGUCGAGGAGCGGUGUUCUACAAGUUGAUGCUUCGCACGCUGCCCCGGCAUUUCAAACCCGACAGCAUUUAUGCUCACUAUCCUAUGACAACUCCAAGUGAAAACGCAAAGAUAAUGAAAGCCCAAGACUUUCCUGUUCUCUGGGCUGAAAAACUUGGUCCUAUCAUGGGCAUGGAAUCUGAGGGUUUUUGUAUGAGUGGGGAUAGUCCCUUCCACCAGAAGCAGCGUCAAACCAUGGGCCAACUCUUAUAUCAAGAGGCAUGGCGUGAUGAUAUCAGGAAGUUUUACGAACAGACCACCCUCCGGCUCCUUCAUGAGAAAAGCUGCAAAGUUGCCAACUUCAAUCAAGUUGAUCUCACGCGAGAUGUUGGAAAUUUGGCCCAUGUUCAUUUUGCUGCCAAGAUGUUCUUGCUGCCCUUGAAAACGGCGGAGAAUCCAAGAGGUAUCUUCACUGAGCACGAGCUGUGGAUGGCAAUGUGUGUCAUGUUUACUGCGGCCCUGCUUGAUUUCGAUCCGGCGAAAUCAUUCCCUCUCCUGGUCGUGGCGAAGAAAGUGGCCACGAUGCUGGGUAAGUUGAUUGAGGCCAACGUCAAGUCAAUCACAGCGACAUCCUUUGCUGCCAAAUUUUUCGACAGUUUCCGGGAAAACGACAACACCCUCCAGAAUUAUGGUGUUAAUCUGAUCCGUCGCCUGAAAGAUACAGGAAUGACGACGAGCGCUAUGACCUAUAGUCAGAUUCUCCCGACAGCAACUGCGAUGGUACCACACCCUUCCCAGGCUUUUUCACAAAUGAUCGACUACUACCUAGGUGAAGGGAUAUCCCAUUGGCCAGAAAUUCAGCGACUAUCAAGAGAUGACAGUCAGGAAUCUUUUGAUAAGUUGGUACGAUAUGCGCAAGAAGGGGCACGAAUCGCUGGGACUUUUGGGAAUCUUCGUCGAAGCAAAGUCAGCCACGUUUUCCAGGAAGACGGGAAACAGAUCAUAGUGAAACCAGGGGACAAGAUCAUUGCCAGUUUCAUUGCUGCUUCACACGAUCCAAAAGUGUUUCCAAAUCCUGACCAGGUACGCCUCGAUCGGCCGCUUGAGUCAUACAUCCAUUAUGGUAUCGGGAUCCAUACUUGUCUGGGAAAGGACAUCAACAUGGUGGCCCUGGGAUCAAUGCUCAAAACAGUUGGGAAACUGCAAAACCUCAGGAGAGCUCCAGGACCUCAGGGACAGAUCAAAAAGGUUAGUCCAACAUGGAGUUGCACUGAUUAUCAAUGGACUGAAUGCUGA